AUGGAGUACAAUCACAUCCACGUCCACAACGGCUCCCUCCUGGCUCACCACAAGUAUGGCUGUGGCUUGGGAUACGUACCUGUCAUAUACUACAGCUUGCUGCUCUGCCUCGGGCUGCCAGCAAACAUCCUGACAGUCAUUAUCCUAUCGCAGCUGGUGGUUCGCAGGCAGAAGUCCUCGUACAACUAUCUUUUAGCACUAGCUGCUGCUGACAUACUGGUACUUUUUUUCAUUGUCUUUGUUGACUUUUUGCUGGAGGACUUCAUCUUGAUUAAGCAGAUGCCUCAGAUACUUGACAAAAUAAUUGAGGUAUUGGAAUUUUCUUCCAUACAUACAUCCAUUUGGAUUACCGUGCCAUUAACAAUUGAUAGGUACAUAGCAGUGUGUCAUCCGCUUAAAUAUCACACAGUCUCCUACCCAGCUCGUACUCGAAAAGUCAUUGUGUGUGUUUAUAUCACCUGCUUUUUGACCAGCAUCCCCUAUUACUGGUGGCCCAAUAUUUGGAUUGAAGACUACAUAAGCACAUCUGUACAUCAUGUCCUUAUCUGGAUCCACUGUUUUACCGUUUACUUGGUACCGUGUUCCAUUUUCUUCAUUCUGAAUUCAAUCAUUGUGUACAAGCUCAGACGAAAAUGCAAUUUCCGACUGAGAGGAUAUUCCACAGGGAAAACGACAGCCAUUUUGUUUACUAUAACUUCUAUUUUUGCCAUACUUUGGGCACCAAGAAUAAUCAUGAUACUGUAUCACCUCUAUGUAUCACCUCUAAACAACACUUGGUUGGUACAUAUUGUGUCGGAUAUUGCCAAUAUGCUAGCACUGUUGAACACUGCAAUUAAUUUCUUCCUCUACUGUUUCAUUAGCAAGAGAUUUCGCACAAUGGCAGCUGCGACACUAAAGGCUUUCUUUAGGUGUCAGAAACAACCAGUUCAGUUCUAUACAAACCAUAACUUUUCAAUAACUAGCAGCCCUUGGAUUUCCCCUGCCAAUUCUCACUGCAUCAAAAUGCUUGUUUACCAGUAUGAUAAAAAUGGAAAACCUAUAAAAAUAUCACCAUGAAAGGAGGAUUGUUAGUGUCUCUGGAUGCAUCUUCUUUUCAAGCGGUUACAUCUCCAGAAUGUAAACUGCUGACAUGGCUAUUUUUAAAAGUGGUCAGUUGAUUUCAUUUCCCUGACAGACUAAAGGCAGAUCAGAUUGUUAGCAGAGGAUGGGAGUACUUAAUUUUGGGAGUCGGAAUGAGAAGGCAAAAUGCCUCUUUCCUGUUACAUAGCAUUUUGAAUAUGCUUUGGAGUAUGAGUUUUGAUGUUUAAUUGCUAUCAUGUGUCCAUGUACAAGCAUUGGUGCAGUACAGUUGUUGGGGGAAAAGCCACGCCGAAGGUGUUUAAUUGCAACCAUAAAAGAACUUCUGUGACCAUCUAGUUGUCUUCACUAUUGACAAAGUGAAUGCUUUGUGUACUGCGGAAGGCAUCAUUUGCACUGCGUGCACUUGCCUAAAACGAUGUGUUAUUUCUAACAUGAGAUAUCACUACACGCAGUCCCUGCUAUUGAGGACUUUCUGCAGUGAGCAAUCUGUAAGAACUUGAACUGUGACAAGCCCUUCCAGACUCACUUGAACUCCAGGCUUGAACUCAAGGCUCAAGGAUGGAUAUUUCACCUGUUAUAGCCUUGGCAUGAAAAGCAAUCCUGCUAGCUGCCAAUAUUUAUAUGCUUUAAGUUGUUUUAUCUAAGAUAGAGGCCAGAGGGGAGGAGUUUGAAGGGAGGGGGAAAGAGGUUUCUUCAGCCAAGAACAAAAGUAGAAUAUUUCUCCAGUGACUUUAAUUCGACUCUCCAAAGGUUCCUAAGUUUGUUAUAAAUGGGAGUCUCCCUGACAUGCUAGGAGAUUCAGUGAGCCUGGCUAUGCGUUUAAUGAGAAAUAUGGACACCACAACUCCCUUUGGAGCCAAUGAAACUACUCAGCACCCCACGUGACUGGGCCUUUAGAAAUUAGACAUACAAAAAUUAAAUAUUAGAACCUGUUUGGGCUAUGCUAUCACAGAUUUACCAUUUAGUUGUUUAAUAGUCAAAAAUCUGCGUGUGGAUUCAACAUAUUAAAGAGUCCACAACAGUAAAAACAAAGACUACCCAAAAUGCCUGGAGAGUGAAUUUUAAGGUACUUUAACUAGGAUAAAUAUUUAAAUUCUCUUCCUCCACACCCAUAAGAAGCAUAUCAGCAACACUUCCUGAGGACACGGGAAGAAGAUAGCUACAUCAGGCUACUAAGACGCAUUUCAUUUGCUAUUAUCCCUCUUUGUUGUUGGUAUGUGGUCUCACAAAGCAUGCAUCAUAACACGUAAAUUACUUGUGGAGCACUUAACCCAGGCCUUAACAAAGAGUGUAAGAUUAUGUUUUCUUGCCUGGUAAACACAGGCACAGCUUUGUCAGUGAGCAUAGGGGCUUCUCAACUGAUAACUGCAAAAAAGAGAGAAGCUCAGGAUUUGCAAGAUGUCAGUGUAUGUGCCUCAUUGUGAGCAGGAAGCUCACAAAAGACCCAAUGCUGUGACAUCGUGAGAUCCUCCGAGAGGGGGAAUAGAGGGGCACUCAGCACCUCCUAGAAGUAGGCUCAAUAAGAAUCUGUAGAUAUUGAAUAGUCUGCCAUACUUUGAGGUCUUACUAUGUUUUAAGAAAUGCUGAGUACCCAUGAGUCCCAACAGCCUGAUUCGCCCACUGCCUUGCUCCUCGUGUAGCCAUUUACUCCUGUGUAAAGUGAGCGUAAAGUGGAUGUAUACAGCAGCCAAAUAAGAAUGCACCGUUCACAGGCAUCAAUGACAGCACAAGGCAUGAGAGAUUGGGUGGGUGAGGUCAUAUAUUUUAUUGGACCAACAUCUGUUGGUG